AUGUUUGUCAGAAAGCGCGAUGGUCGCCAAGAACGCGUCCAGUUCGACAAGAUCACGGCCCGUGUCUCGAGGUUGUGCUACGGCUUAGAUACUGAGCAUGUUGAUCCUGUUGCCAUUACACAGAAAGUUAUAUCCGGUGUCUACGGUGGCGUCACCACUGUUCAGCUUGAUGACCUAGCCGCCGAAACCGCUGCGUAUAUGACCGUUACUCAUCCCGACUACGCCAUUCUGGCGGCCCGUAUUGCCGUCUCCAACCUGCACAAGCAGACCAAGAAGCAAUGGUCCUCUGUUGUCAGCGACCUGUACCACUACAUCAACCCCAAGAACUCGUGUGCCUCGCCCAUGAUCUCCAAAGCCACGUACGAGUGUGUCAUGAAGCACAAAGAGGAGCUCGACUCUGCCAUUGUUUACGAGAGAGACUUCAACUAUCAGUACUUUGGUUUCAAGACGCUGGAGCGAUCGUAUCUCCUGAAGCUGGACGGCAAGAUUGUCGAACGACCUCAGCACAUGAUCAUGCGUGUUGCUGUCGGCAUCUGGGGAGACAACAUUGAGCGCGUCCUGGAAACCUACAACCUCAUGUCCAGUAAAUUCUUCACCCACGCCUCACCUACCCUCUUCAACGCGGGCACGCCUCAGUGUCAGCUUUCCUCGUGCUUCCUCGUCGACAUGAAGGAAGACAGCAUCGAGGGCAUCUACGACACUCUCAAGACUUGCGCCAUGAUUUCUAAAAUGGCCGGCGGUAUCGGCCUGAACGUCCACCGCAUUCGUGCUACCGGAUCCUACAUUGCCGGCACCAACGGCACCUCGAACGGCGUCGUUCCCAUGCUGCGAGUCUUCAACAACACUGCCAGAUACGUCGACCAAGGCGGCAACAAGCGACCGGGCGCCUUCGCCAUCUACCUGGAGCCCUGGCACGCCGAUGUCUUUGAAUUCCUUGAUCUCAGAAAGAACCACGGCAAGGAGGAAGUCCGCGCUCGCGACCUCUUCCUUGCGCUGUGGAUCCCCGACCUCUUCAUGAAGCGUGUCGAGAAGAAUGGCGACUGGACCCUCAUGUGCCCCAACGAAUGCCCUGGGCUCGCCGACUGCUACGGCGACGAGUUUGAGGCUUUGUAUGAAAAGUACGAGCGCGAAGGCCGUGGCCGCAAGACAAUCCGCGCCCAGAAGCUGUGGUACUCGAUCCUCGAGGCUCAGACCGAGACUGGCAACCCCUUUAUGCUGUACAAGGAUCAUUGCAACAGGAAGAGCAACCAGAAGAACUUGGGAACCAUUCGCAGCUCCAACCUCUGCACCGAGAUUAUCGAGUACUCGGCCCCCGACGAGGUUGCCGUCUGCAACCUUGCCUCCCUUGCCCUGCCCGCCUUUGUGGACUACGACCAAGGCAAGUACGACUUCCAAAAGCUGCACGACGUCACCCGCGUGGUUGUCCGAAAUCUCAACAAGAUCAUCGACGUCAACCACUACCCCGUCCAAGAAGCACGCAACAGCAACAUGCGGCAUCGUCCCAUUGGUGUCGGUGUUCAAGGCUUGGCCGACGCCUUCCUUGCGCUUCGCAUGCCCUUUGAGUCUCCCGAGGCUCGCGAGCUGAACAAGCAGAUUUUUGAGACCAUCUACCACGCCGCCUUGACGGCGUCGGUGGAGCUGGCCAAGGAGGAGGGUCCCUACUCCACGUUCAAGGGAUCUCCGGCCUCUGAAGGCAUCCUGCAGUUUGACAUGUGGAACGUGACGCCGUCCGACUUGUGGGAGUGGGAUUCCCUCAAGGAGCAGAUCAAGGAGCACGGGAUUCGCAACUCGCUGCUGCUCGCGCCCAUGCCCACGGCGUCCACGUCGCAGAUUCUGGGCAACAACGAGUGCUUCGAGCCCUACACGUCCAACAUUUACCAGCGACGCGUCCUGGCGGGCGAGUUCCAGGUCGUCAACCCAUGGCUUCUCAAGGAUCUCGUCGACAUGGGUCUGUGGUCAGACGCCAUGAAGAAUCGCAUCAUUGCCGAGAACGGCUCGAUCCAGAACAUCCCCAACAUUCCCGGCGAGGUAAAGGCUCUGUACAAGACGGUCUGGGAAAUUUCGCAGCGUCAUGUGGUGCAGAUGGCCGCCGACCGCGGUGCCUUUAUCGACCAGUCCCAGUCUCUCAACAUUCACAUGAAGGACCCAACCAUGGGCAAGAUCACGUCGAUGCACUUUGCCGGGUGGAAGCUGGGUCUCAAGACUGGCAUGUACUACUUGCGCACGCAAGCCGCCGCGGCCCCCAUCCAGUUCACCGUUGACCAGCAGGCCUUGAAGGUUGCCGACACCAACAUGGGCAAGGAGAGGGUGCUGAAGAAGAGGACAGCUCCGGCGGGAACCAGCUACUACAUGUCUUCAGUGUCCACCAUGCCCCGAGGCACCCAGGAAAAGAAGGACGAGGGGAACGGGUCCUUGAACGCCAACGGCAACGCCACUGUUUCCGCCACGGCUCUCCCGAGCCAGGCUGCCGUCAUAAAGGCCGACGUCGACGACGGAGCCAGCCCAAAGGUACUGCCCACCGAGCCUUCAGCGGCCGUCAAGGACGAGGAGCCGGCCGAGUCGGGUGCCAAGCCUGCCGGCCAGUCGGAAGACGGCGAGGAGACCAGCGAGGGACGAGAGCGCGACAUCUACUCGGAAGCGGUUGUUGCUUGCAGCAUUGAAAACCCCGAAUCCUGCGUGAUGUGCAGCGGCUAA